AUGGAGGCCAGGGUUUCUUCAGGGGUUUUAACCAAGAAUCAAGCCCCCUUUUUAAGCCCUUUACAACCAAGAAAAGGUCAAUCUUUGAGAAACCUCUCUGCUUUGUACAAUACUAAACAAGCCCAUCAAUUCUCAAAUGCUUCAUUUCAGCUUUCUACGAUAUCUUCAUGCAGAAGCUAUGGUUUCAGACAGGCGAUUAAUAUGUCUGGAGAUCAUUCUUGUGAGUUCGAGUUAUCGACUUUAACAGCAUUGUCACCUUUGGAUGGUCGUUAUUGGGGUAAAGUGAAGGACUUGGCUCCUUAUAUGAGUGAAUAUGGACUCAUUUACUUCAGGGUUCUUGUUGAGAUUAAAUGGUUGCUGAAGCUUUCACAAAUUCCUGAAGUCACUGAGGUCCCAAGCUUCAGUGCAGAAGCUCAGUCCUAUUUGCAAGGAUUGAUUGAUCGAUUUAGCAUGGAUGAUGCCUUGGAAGUUAAACAAAUUGAGAGAGUAACUAACCAUGAUGUAAAAGCAGUGGAAUACUUCUUGAAACAGAAAUGCCAAUCACAUUCAGAGAUUGCUAAGGUGCUUGAAUUUUUCCAUUUUGCUUGCACAUCUGAGGACAUAAACAACCUAGCCCAUGCAUUGAUGUUGAAAGAAGCAAUGACCAAAGUCAUGUUUCCAACCGUGGAUAAGUUGAUUGAGGCAAUAUGUGACAUGGCUAAGGCUAAUGCAAGCAUUCCUAUGCUUUCUCGCACACAUGGCCAGCCGGCUUCACCUACAACUUUAGGAAAGGAGAUGGCCAUUUUUGCUGUCAGGCUAAGCAGAGAAAGGCAAGAAAUUUCUCAAGUUGAGAUGAUGGGCAAGUUUGCUGGUGCAGUUGGAAAUUACAACGCUCAUCUUGUUGCAUAUCCUAAUAUUAAUUGGCCUCAAAUUGCGGAAGAGUUUGUGAAUUCUCUUGGAUUGAAGUUUAACCCCUAUGUUACUCAGAUUGAGACACACGAUUAUAUGGCAAAACUUUAUUAUGCAAUUAUUCGGUUUAACAAUAUAUUGAUUGACUUUGACAGAGAUAUAUGGGGCUACAUCUCUGUAGGAUACUUUAAGCAGAUAACUAAGGCUGGUGAAAUUGGUUCAUCAACAAUGCCUCAUAAAGUAAAUCCUAUUGAUUUUGAGAACAGUGAAGGUAAUCUUGGUAAGGCUAAUGAAGAUCUAUCUUACCUGAGUAUGAAGUUGCCUAUUUCACGUUGGCAGCGAGAUUUGACGGAUUCAACUGUCUUGAGGAACAUGGGGGGAGGACUAGGUCAUUCUCUUCUUGCUUACAAAAGUGCAUUACAAGGAAUAGCAAAGCUCCAGGUUAAUGAAGCUCGGUUGAGUGAAGACUUGAACCAGGCAUGGGAGGUACUUGCAGAGCCAAUACAGACAGUCAUGCGGAGAUAUGGUGUUCCAGAGCCUUAUGAGAAGCUGAAGGAGCUAACCAGGGGAAGGGCAGUUACCAAAGAAAGUAUAAGGGAAUUCAUUGAAGGCUUGGAAUUACCCAAAGAAGCUAAGACCCAGCUUUUGAAGUUGACACCACAUUCCUAUGUUGGAGCAGCUGUUGAAUUAGCCAGGACAGUAGAUUCAACUGUGAACGUCAUAAACGGAACCAAAGUCUUAGAAACAUGUAGUUGAAAGACAUAGCUGGGAAACAAAUUGUUGAACCAGCAAUUUAUUGUUCAUUGCACCACAUGAGAUGGGUGGUUUCAUGAUAAAAUGAUGAAGUGUAAUACUUUUGAAAGAAAAAAUCAGACAGGGUUCAAGUGAACUACUCAUGUUGUUCCCUACUGGUCAAAUGUUUGUACUAAUUGAAGUGAUUCUUAUAUCAUGAACGUUGGUGGAAUGAACUCUGAGCUGAAAUUUUGCAAUCGAAAAUAACUGUUAUCCAUUUUUCCCCCA